AUGUCUUCCGAAGUUCGCCCAUUCCAAGUCGACAUUCCUGUGGAAGAAGUCGAACGACUCCAGCGCAAACUAAAAGACACUCGUCUUCCUAGCCGCGAGAUUGUCCCCAAUGCAGGCAAUAAAUAUGGACCACGAUUUGAAUGGGCUCAAACCUUGCACAACGCCUGGAUCAACAACUUCGACUGGUUCUCCGUCCAAUCAGAAAUGAAUCAAUAUCCUCACUAUAUCACCACCAUCGAAGAUAUCAACAUCCACUUCCUACAUGCCCGCUCCGCCUCUCCGCGCGCUAUCCCCCUCCUCAUGAUCCACGGCUGGCCCGGCUCUUUCUGGGAAUUCAGCCAGGUCUGGGGUCCCCUUUCAAAUCCUGCCAAUCCAGACGAUCCAUCCUUCCACGUCGUCGUCCCCAGUAUGCCCGGGUUCUGCUGGUCGGGUUGGCCACCCCGCGCCGGGUGGACGCUGCGUGAUAACGCGCGCGUGUUUGAUCGCUUGAUGGAGAGGCUAGGAUAUACUGAGUAUAUGGUGCAGUGUGGUGAUUGGGGCCAUUUUGUCGGGAGGGAAUUGGGCACUAAGUAUACGGAUUCGUGUAAAUUGAUGCAUUGUAAUUUUGCCCCGAGUCUGUUGCCAGAUGGGGUCGAGUAUACGGAACGAGAGAGGAAUGUUGCAGAUCGGGGGAAGAAUUGGUUGGAUUGGCAUAUGGGGUAUGCGGUGGAGAUGCGGACGAGGCCCCAUACAAUCGGCAUCGCACUGCACGACAACCCAAUCGGAAUCCUCAUGUGGGCUGGUGAGAAAUACAACGAGGCUGCCGACCCGAUGAAGCAGAAACAUCCCUUCUGGACGAAAGCCAUUCUCACGACCGCGUCGCUGUAUUAUUUCACCGGAUGCAUUAUGCCGUCGAUGCUCUGCUACUAUGAGAAUGUGCGCCAUGAGCAUUUCGCUGAGUUUGCUAUUAAGCCGGAGAAUCGCAUUCGCAUUCCCUUUGGGUAUAGUUCGUUCUUUUGGGAUACGGAGCCCUCGUCUAAGAGGGCGGUUGAGAGGACGGGGAAUUUGGUGUUUUAUAGAGAGAGAGAUGAUGGAGGGCAUUUUGCGGCUCUGGAGAGCCCAGACGAGUUGAUGCAGGAUGUGAGGGAGUUGGCACUGCAGGAGUGGAAGUACAAGUAG